GGACGGGUUUAUUUUGGACCGCUGUGGGGUCGCAAAUCACAACAUUCCAGAUUCCAGAUUUUCAGUUCGAUCCCCCUGGUCCGUGUCUGCAUUCCGGGCACGAUAUGGGUUCCGGCGUUGUGUCCAGCAAGGUGGAGGAAAGCAUACGCGGUAACAUCGCCUGGAAGGAUCUGAGUCCGGACGUGCGAAAGGCACUGAACAACGAUGAGAACGACUAUCGGAAGCAGAUUCGCCAAUAUAGCCUUCACAAUCAGCUGCGAUUCCGGGGUAACAUCGUAUUCGGUGUGACGAGAAAUGAGAAGAAGUAUUACGAGCAGCUGGUGGAGGUGAACAUCCGGGCGCUGCACAUCUUUCCUUAUCACCUGGCCGACGUUAUCACCAAGGGGUUACGCGUAACACCAUUCAACUACUAUACAGAUAUGAUUGCAUUCCUUCUAACACACGAUAAGAACUAUGACGCACUGCCCAACUUUACGGCGGCCGACUGCCUGCGGGUACUGGGCAUUGGCCGGAACGAGUAUUUGUCCAUUUCCAGCGACCUUAAAUCGAGCUCACCGCGAUCAUUUUUCCGCAAAAAUCCGUACCACUUUCUGCCAAAGUUUCCGCGUACCGUUCCCAUGCACCCGUGGUGGAUCGUCGAAAUCGGUCACAUACUAGAGAAGGAUGUUGAGAACUUGGGCAACGAUGAGAUCGCGAUGAUCGAUCAGCUGAUCGACUGUGGACCACAAACGGCCGGUACACUUAACCUCGAGACGGUGCAGAAGCUGUACCGGCGUGGGCUGAUCUACCUAGACGUACCGAUCAGUGGCGAGGAUCGUAUUAACAUUCCCCCGUUACGCAACUUUGUCAUGAACCGGGUGGCAGGGGAUUACUUCGAGAAUCUGCUUUACAACGUGUUCGUGACGACCGACGAACAAUGCACGAUUGCAGAGCUUUCGCAGAUCCUGCAGGUGCAGAUGGACAUGGUAAAGCGUGCCACGGCGUUGUUCUGCCGGUUGGGUUUCGCCAAAAUAGUGAAUGCCUUCUCCGAGUACAAGCUGGACAACAGCUGGCUUCAACCGCAGCACCAGCAACUGGACGGUGCUGAUGAUCCGGCCGCCUAUAACUAUCACGCCCUGCUCCUGUCGGAGGUUCCGCUCGAAGUGAAACCGUCGCCCGAUGGCAGUAUUUCACCGUCCGGUCCGCCGGUUUUCUUUCCUCCGUCCGAUCCGAGCAGUCCUACGUCACCGUGUGCCGGGGAACCGGGGGUUGUAGGUGGAGGAACACUUACACGCGGAAAACGUAUUGGCUUUCUGUUCGAUUCCACACUAACUGCCUUCCUGAUGAUGGGCAAUCUAUCGCCCGGAUUAAAGACGCACGCCAUUACGCUGUUCGAGGUCGGCAAGCUGUGCGAUGAAGGCAUGUCCGAUCUGUUGGAGGAGCUUGAGAAGGUAUCGAUGCUGGAUGCCGAAACGGAAGGGGAUGUCAGUCGGUACUUUAACCAUGCGGUACUGCUCCGGUCUACGAUCGUGGCACUAAAGAGCUCGCUCAAGAUCGAACUCGAUCUUUUGCGGCUCGAAAGCAUCGAGGGAUUGGACGUGCAGACGCGUAACCGGUUGCUGGAGCGCAAGUAUCGGUAUCUUAUCUCGGCCGCUCCACUUUCCAGCGCACUAUCCAGCCAGUUUACGAUUCCGUUCUUUGGGCAGUUUUAUCAAAGCUCGCCCGAGUCCCACAUCUGGUCGAAGCUGUUCUACUACCACAUGGGUGGCUAUGGACCGCCGUCGUUGUUUCUGAAGAAAGGCACAGUGCUGAAGACGUUACCUCGAAUAUUCCUUGGCUAUGGUAAGCUGCUCAUCACCAUCGUGAACACCGAUUCGUACGUGUUGAAUUCGGAAAAGUUUUACACCUUGAACGAACACCUGAAGAACGAAUGUUUACUGAUUCAGGGCUACGGACGCAACGAACCGGCCCAAGUGCACUACGAACCGUUUCCAUUCGACAGCAGCGACGAUGAAUCGAACCGUUGGAGCCAGCAUAGUGCUUGGAACGGGCUAGCACAGGUCAUCGACAUGGAGCGUACGUUCGGUUACGUUACGUUCAUUAACACGGGUGUCCCGGAUUAUGGAUGUGACGAUAGAAACCCAUCGGUAGUGCUUAAGCGAACUCGAAAAGGAGGAAACCAUGCGGCCAAACAUGUACGCCAAGCUAGUGUAACAGAGGAAAGUGGCAGCACGGUUCAAGAAAGAGCGGCAGAAACAUCAUCAGCCAUCGAUGGUACAAACGGAGUUCAUGAGGAGACGGAAGCGACUGAGAAACCGGCGGCAUCGCUGAUCGUCGAAUCCGAUUCCGAUACUGAAAUAUCGCGGAAAAACUCGCUACAAAGUGCACCAGAGCAAUGGACCAUACUCGAUGUUAAUUUCGGCAUUCCACUGUUCGACGUCGAUUGCAACACCAAAAUAUGCCAAAAUAUCGUAAAGCGACUGUGCAAUGAGGAAAACAUAUCAACACUGAUGGAAGUCAAUCAAACGAUGGAACGCAAAUACCUUAAAUUCAUCUCCCAAUGUUUGUUUUUUGAGGACGAAAACAUGGAACUGAUAAAGGCAGGGAAGUACGUGCCAAAGCUACGCAUUAAUCUUGCUUACAAACAUGGAAAAAUCCAAAACCAUCCAUCGCACCGAACAAACGGGAAUCGAGUGAGGCACACGAGGGUCAUGUCAUGUCAGGAAACGACGCGAGCACAGCAGGAUGAUCCGUACGCGUUCACCGAAUCGGCCCCACUGCAGGCAAACUCGUUGGUCUACGCAAAUCAUUCGAGUGCGGUCGGUACGAAUGCUGUCACCGUUGUUACGAGCAGCCCAGCAGGCAUCAAAACCGUGCCGGCAACGAUCGCCGCAACCGGAGGAAGUGUGCUUGCGACUGGGGCGGCUACCGUGGCGACCCUAUCGGCGAAGGAUACUAUAACCAUUUCAGGGACUCGCGUUCUAGGACCGCAAUCGUUUACGAUUAGUCGGGGAACCACGUCACAGGCGCAAAUUGUCCCGCAACAGUUGAAGGUGCGCUACAAUGGCGUUGUGUCGUCUACGGCUAGCGGUCAAAAGACGCUCACUGUGACCGCCGCUACACCGGUGUUCACGAAGCCGCUGCAAAUUAAGCAGCAAACGGCACCGGGCAUGUCACCAGCACAGCCCAGUACGGUGACAGUGGGCAGGCUGAUCAAGAAGGUGGUCCCGCAGAAGUCUCCACUGCUAGCGACAGUCGUUACGGGCAGCCCGAAGGGAAUCGCCCAAUUGCAACAGCAACCGCAGCAGCAGCAGGCACAGCAGCAGCAGGCACAGCAGCAGCAGGCACAGCAGCAAACGCAACAGCAGCAGCAGCAGCAGCAGCAGCAACCACAGCAGCCACAAACGAUACUGCAAGCGACCCAGUUAUCGUCGUCAAAUUCGCCUGUCAUUUCGGCUGGUGGCUCAAUACUGACCACCGUCACGACGCCCACCGGGACGGCACUAAAGCUAAUCAAAAUACCGGCCAAUCAGCUGGGCAAAGCAACAGUCACCGGCCUUCAGUCUGGCAAUUUCAUACAGGUCGGCACCGGUGAGGGGGCCCGAAAGUUGCUAGCAAGUGGUGUAAAUGUGGUUAGUGCCAAGCCGAAUGUUACGAUAGCUGGCAACAACAGCACACCGGUAACCAUUGCUGGCAACAGCACGGCUAACCGUGCGAAUACAGCGACCAUCGUUUCAGCCUUGCCCACCGGUGCACCGACCAAAAUACGACUCAUACAACCACAGUCUCAGGGGAAGUUUUAUCUGCACACACCGAAUGGGACCACCAGUCUGGCCACCAAUACGACCCAAAUCUCCAAUCCGAUUAGCAUAGCAACCAUACGGAACUCGUUCGUACGGCAGCAGCAGAUUAACGUGGCAAAGCCAACGCAACUGUUGCAUCAACAACAGCCGAAAGGUCACCUGGUGCAGGUGCAACAGCAACAACUGAUAAAACAAUCACCGACGUCACCAUCGGCAUCGUCUACAGCCGCUACCCCGUUACAGCAGCAGGUGGUGCAACAGAAACCGAUCAUCGCAACGGUGUCGAAGCAGACACCGCAACAGAUCAUUGUACAGCCGCUGCUUAAGCAGGGACCCGCUAAGCAGCAGAAGCCAACGAUUCAGAUUCUGCAUCAGAAAAUCAUACCGGCACCGGUGAAGCUGGCGACGUCCCAGGAAUCGCUACUUACCAAAUCGGUGGAAUCGGGUGCUUCCGUUACGCAGAAGCAAGGGCUUAAUAUACAGUUGCAUCCUCAGGCGCACCAACAGCAACAACAACAGCAGCAGAAGCAACAGCAGCCGGCGCCACAACAGCAACAGCAGAAACAACAAACUUUUAUUACGAAACCGCUCCAGGCAUCGAUUAUUCAGAAUAAUCCACCGCAGACUCUGUUACAGCAGCAGCCACAGCAACAGCAACAGCAACAGCAACAGCAAGCUCAGCAAUUUCUGUUGAAUGCAAAGAUACAAUCACCGUCCACCGUAAAGGUACAGGGCCAAAUUCAGUCUCAGCAUACGCUGUCGCAACCACAGCAACUGCAGGGAUCGCCUCAGUUGCAGGCAAAGCAACCACAGGGUUCACCUCAAUUGCAGGCGAAACAACGUAAAACGCUUCAGAUACCGAGCCAGCCUACUUUGCUCUUGCAACAGCCGCAGCAACCAAAGCAAAUAGUUCAAAAAUCGGUCCCGGUGUCAUUACUUACCAACUCAUCGCCCCAAGCCUCAACGGGAUCGCUAUUGAUAAAGACGGUUAGCGCUGGAGUUGGUAAUCGCAAUGGCAAACAGCUACUAAAUUCCUCCGGAGGCCAGCUAGUAUUGCCAGUGCGCUCUGCUGGUCAAACAAGCUUGCUAAUAAAACCGGAACCGGUGGUCGUUCCCGUUAAAAUUCCCGCCCCUUCAAAUGCGGCGACACCUUUAGGGACAACGACAGUGGCAUCAGCAUCUCCUGCUCCAGCGUCGCUACUGGUAGCAGCGGAAACUAUACCAAUGAAUACGAGUUCUGCUAAAACGAAGACACCAUUAUCCUCGUUCAGUCCAGUCCAGUCCAGGGAGAAGGUGGGAACCCUUCCGGAGCCAAAAUCUUCGACAAUUGCCAGUCCUAAGCUAGCAACAGCCGUACUGGUGAAAGCAACGCCGUCGCCACAGCCGGUACAACCGAGUACGACUGGCAAAGGUACGAGUCGUGCCACCAACACGGUGGUGAAAAAGUCUACGAGCAUCGUCCAGAAGAACAAUACCGCCGCAUCCACUGGCAAGCAACCGAAAGGCAAACGAGCGUACACUCAGCGAGCCACGCAGCCAAGCGGAAGUUCGGAAAAGUUCUCGAAUGACAGUUUGGAACGGGUCGUUGUGUCGUCUUCGGCUAGCGUGGAACCAUCGGUGUCCACUGGUGGUAAGCUACCUAUGUUUGGUGUUACGAAAGUGAAAACGGAAGAAGGAGGAGUGGCUGUCGGAUGUGCGGAGGUUGACGAACUGGAUGUGAAACCACCCAAGCUAAAAUAUGGUUCAAGCCACCGAGUGGCUGGAGGUGGUGCCAUUGCCGUACCAAUCAGCCGCCCACAGGUACGCGAAUGGCAUGCACCGGGAUCGUACAUGUUCGAUUUGAAGGAUCCGGACGACGAUUCGGAAGAUGAGGACGAGUUCUUCGAUGAAAGUCGUAAUACGCUCUCGUUCUGGUAUGAAGAGUCGAUAGCGGUCGUUGUGCCGGAUGCCACGACUUCCUGGUCGUUGAAUACACCUCAGCUGCAACGGGCUGGUCCAUCGCACUAUGGCGGCGGUGGACGGGCGAGCAAGGAGAAAAAGAUAGAACCGAAGUUCGAAAUCCGUACCCUGACCAGGGAUGAGCAACUCGAGCUGAAGAAAGCCUAUCUCCAGCGGCGUGCGCUGCAGUGUCGCAAUGGGUUGCGCGUGCGAAACGUUUCCGCUGCCAAACGACGCCUGAAAGCGCUGGGUGCACUGGUGAAGAAGCUGGAAAUUCAACGGGAGCAAACAUUGAACGAAGAACGAGAAAAACCGAAAUGCAUGUCGGACGGUUGCAACGAGGCAGCGUUGCUGAUGACCACACACUGCUAUAAUCACAUCACGGAAAAUGCCAGCCAGCGGCUAUUCCAGCGAUGUACAGCCAAGUUCUCCGAUAAUAGCCAGUGUCGGGCGCCUGUAUUCGAUGUUACCCAAGAGCUGAUCCUGUGCAAGGAGCACGCCUGGAAGCACGACAAUCACGACAAGAUGAGCCAGGAGGUGAAGCAGAAGCAAAAACCGGUGUCAACGGCGUCGACAACGGCAAUGGUAACGGCAACGACUGUGGCGGCACGCAAAAAACCGAAACCUUUACCUCCUCCGGUCGUUGUGCGACCGCAGAAGCGGGCGAAGGUUAAGAAGAAGAAGCUGACUCCACUGCAACAGCAAAUGCUGUUGCAUCAGCAGCAGUACAAGCAGUUUGUGGGCAGCAACCAGCACCAGCAUCACCAUGUGCAGUCUAUCCAAGCUAACCAACAACAACAGCAGCAACAGCAGCAGCCACCGCAACAGCGUAAACCAAUUCAGAAACAGCAGCAAAGUUUGCUGAUUAAUGGGCAGUUGUUGAAGCAGCAGCAGCAGCAGCAGCAACAACAAUCCGGCGUCAAGCUGAAUUAUGUCAAUGAUUUGCAUGCUCUACAGCCGCAGCAGUCUAAGCCGCAGCAACAGUCUCUGUUACAGUCAACUCAGCCAAUGACAGCCUUCCACCAGCAGCAAAACCAUCAGUACGCGGUCAAUAAUACCAGCAGUAUCGAUCCCGCCGGACACAUUCCACUUGGCACCGUAGCAAAUCACACGAUAGGCGAUGCUAACGUCAUUGAAACGUCGAUAUUCGAUGAUCAGCAUCUUCAUCCGACAAUCCAUAUGGUGGAUCAGAUACACCAGCAGCAGCAGCAUCAGGAGCAGCAGAUGCUACAUUCGGACCAUGAUUUCCAACAGUUUGGGCAACAGCAUACGGUGACCGAAGACCAACUGUUGCUCGAUUACAUGCAGCAACAGCAGGAGUUGCAACACCAGGAACUACAGCAGCAGAUGCAACAAGAGCAGCAGCAGCAGCAGCAGCAGCAUCAGCAGCAUCAGCAGCAACCACAGUUGCAAUACGUGCAUGAUGCGUCUGUUGAUAUUGGGGGGACUGGAAGAGUACACCAUCAACACCAUCACCACCAUAAUCAGGUGGUGAUGCAGCAGCCUAUGCUGCAAACACCGCUCAGUCAGGAUCUGUUGUCAGUCUGCGAAAACAGUUCUGCUUAUGCUAGCUCAGAAGACACCGGUGUCGGUGGUUUGUCGGAAUCGGAAAUAUUGGGAGCACAAGAUGUGAAUGAGGAGAUCAUCCCUUUUAUGCUCAACAAUUUGCCGGAUGCAUUAAAUGAUCUGAUUUUCACCGAUGGUACCGAUCAAACUGAACAUGUAGGUAAUCACGUUCCAUUCGAGAAUAAUGGGGCGGAGGCUGAGGAUGUGUUAUUCA